AUGCCUUUGGCUGUUGAGGAUAAAUGUCUGGCAUUCCACGGCCCGCUGUUAUAUGCGGCCAAAAUUCUGAAAGUUCACGAUCCCGAGAAUGCGGAGGAACAGACAGUUAACGACGACAACGACAAGAACAACGAAGAGGGCGAUGAGGACGAAGUGCCCGCGAAUCUCAAGGACCAAGAGUGUUUUUAUAUCCACUACCGUGGCUGGAAGUCGUCCUGGGACGAAUGGGUCGGACUCGACAGGAUUCGCGAGUACACAGACGAAAACCUCGAAUACAAACGACAGCUCGUCGAGCAGGCCAAAGACGCCCGGCAGGCCAAGAAAAAGGCUCCAUCUAAACCUCGCAAACCCGUGGAGCCUCGCAAACGUAAAAACGUACCGGGUUCUGCUCCAGACGAGACAGGAAACCCGACACAGCCCUCGGGACCGCGCAUCGUGAUCCACAUAUCGCAGCAACUGAAAGCCGUCCUGGUCGACGAUUGGGAACGCAUCACCAAGGACAAAAAACUGGUUUCUUUGCCCUGCAAACCCACUGCUGCGCAGCUGCUGGAUGAGUAUUACGAGACAGCUAGCGCCAACGAGGUCUCGCCCGUGGUGCAGUCGCAACUGCAAGAGUAUUGCAGCGGGCUCCGGCUGUACUUCGACCACUCAAUCGCCGUGAUCUUGCUGUAUCGGUUCGAACGGCUGCAGUACGCAGAUCACGUGGAAGAACCCGCAUCUACAGUCUACGGAGGUAUCCACCUGCUGCGACUGCUCACAAGUCUUCCCGAACUGAUUUCACUGACCUCGAUGGACGAAUUUGGCUGUGACGUGGUUGUGCAAGAAACUGAAAAGCUGCUAAAAUGGCUAGGCGAAAGGCCUGAGAUUUUCCAAGAGAGUGCUUACGUGAACACCAGCAGCCAAUAUGAGGGAAUGGCGCUGGGAAUGUAG